AUGACUUCAAAAGACAUCUCUGAGGAGCUAAAGAGGGCUAGCCAAAUCGCUCGUUUAGAGCAUUCCAACACCAAACCGUUAUAUGUCUCGGCUAUCGAAGUUGAAGGGGAGAGCAGCUUGAGGCCCUUGUCAGACGCUUUGUACAAAGCUGUAUUCGACCCCAUUCUGUCUCAGCCAGUUCAAACAUUGCACUACAUUUUGAAUAACUUUUCUGAUAUCAGGGGUAAACUCAUGCACACUGGGCUGUUUCAAGACGUUAAUGUCACGUUAGAGAAUGAUGGCUCGACAAGUUCCGUUACAAGAGCCAAAGACAUGACCUUAAACGGUAUACAGUUGGGAUCAGUUUUGCCCGCUGUGGCACAUAUUAAACUGAGCCCAUUGACUUAUAACACUUUAUCCUUGACAAGCACAACUUCUGAUAGUUAUUCUUCAGCUGGUGGCCGUCUGGCGUUUGUGAAUUUGCUGGGUAAGGCUGAAAACUUCGUUGUCCAAGCGGAUUUGAAAUAUACUCCAUUUUCUGGAAGACUCGAUGAGAAAUGUUUUGAUGCUAGGCUACUUUUGCCCUUGCAGAAAAAUCCUUCUGUUAAGGGCGUUUUGGAUCUCAAUUAUGCGUCCAUUGACCCCAAUGAACAACCUUUCCUGAGCGCGGAAGAAAUGAAGAAACAAAAUCAAGUUUCGUUGAAUUUCGGGGUCCAAAAAAGCUGGAUUUUGGAAAACCUCAACUCCGUACCCGUUUUUUACAACGGCAUUUCUCUAGUGUCGAGAAACGUCGAAUCUCCGGUUCUCACCGGUGCGGGUCUAUCCUCCGAGCUAUUCAAACCAUUUGAAGGAAGCUACGUGAAAUCUAGUUUUGUUUCCGAAAUUCUGCACGACUCAAGGAAAUUUGCAGGUCUCUUCCCUACUUCGGGUUCAAGAUUCUCGUUAAUGAACGAGUAUGUGUUGAGUCAAAGUCUCAAUGCUACAGAUGAUUUGCCUGCACACCCAGGCCACGACAAAAUUCGUUUGGAUUUUGAAAAGCAUGCCUCACUAUCAGGUGGGUAUGUGAUUAAUUCUUUGCAAUUGGGUUUUGGAGGACUUUUCAACCUAGCUGAUUCCUUGGCUGUCGUACACCCAUUCGAUAAAUUCUACUUGGGUGGAUUGAACACUUUGAAGGGAUUUGCAAAUAACUCUGUCGGAGACAAAGGUGGCCUUUUCUACUUCAAAGCUUCCAUAGCUUCCUCCUUUAGACUUUUCCACUCUUCAAAGAAUUCACCACUAAGACUACAAUUCUUUAUGAACGCUGGAGACGUUCUUAGACUAAUGGAGACCCGAAAGCCUGCCUCAAGCUCGGGCGUUUCUUUGAUUUACAGAACCAACGUAGCGACCAUGGAUUUGACCUAUGCACUGCCUGUUUUCAACAGAAAACAGGACAUUACGAAGGCCGGCUUUUCAUUUGGAGUGGCUCUGUCAUUCUAUUGA